AUGGGUAAUCCAAAGCAGAAAUGGACGGCGGAGGAGGAAGAAGCCCUACGCGCCGGCAUCGCUAAACACGGCACCGGAAAAUGGAAGAACAUCCAGAAAGAUCCCGAGUUCAACCACCUCCUACAUUCUCGCUCCAAUAUCGAUCUCAAAAUGAAUUUGUUUUGUAUCAACUUCCUUUGUGCUAUUGAAGAUGAUAAAUGGAGGAAUAUGAGUGUAAGUGCAAAUGGCCAAGGUCCUAGGGAAAAAUCGAGAACACCGAAACCAAAAUGUAACACGGAUUCGCCUGCUAUGCCGUUGGCCAUUCCACAAGCUCAUGGUCCUUCACCUCCAGUUGCAGUUGAUCCAGUAUCGACUGACUUGAAUAUGGAUGAUGGUUCAAAAUGCUUACUAGAUGGGAAGACAGCUUCAAAGUAUGUUACUUACUUUCUCACUGGUUAUUAG